AUGGAUCCGAAGAUCCUGAACCUAGCACGCAAACUGCAGGAACUGAUCGAUUCGAAGCAUCAAUACGCUCGCACGAUCGAUGCCGCAACGAAGCAGCUUAUUCAGUUGAUCUGCCAGGCCAAUCCGCGUUCCACCAACGCUUCCGCCGCUCCAUCGGCACCACCGACAAGAGACGCAUUUCAAGCGGAUCUCCUCUCUUUCGCUCAUUUUAUUUUUCAACAACUCUCGAAACCUCCUCCUAUUGAUUUCGAAGCCUCUCUCGCAAAAGCGAUGAAACCGCAAAACGCGUACUUCCGCAAAGCGAUCGACGACGCUACGAAUUAUAUUAUAGGCAAUAUUGGAACUAGUAUUGGAACUAUGGACCAGAUAUUAGUGGUAUUAGAGAAUAUAGAUCAUAAUAUAGUUGGAUUGGAGAACCGUAUUUAG